GGCAACUCCUCAUGAUAGAGCCUCAAUGUUACUAUUGCCUGUAGCUGGACUGUAUGGCAGCACAAUACCCACAUGGACACAACAGCCUUUUUCAAGCUCCCUUCAAUAUUCGUUCUCUUAUAAAAUAAAGAUAACAUUCAUGAAUGAAUGCUUCUUUUCAUGCAUUCUGUUGAAUUAAUGCAAAAUUUCUCUUUCAGUUUUAUAGCAACAAUCACACAAGCGACAAUGGCUAAUGCAACAAACAACGCUGACGGUUUCAAUGCAACAAACUACGUUGAUGGUUUUUGGGAUGUAGGCCCGUUAUCCAUGCUUACUGGAAAUGUCAAUUUACUAACAUCUUAUCAACGUGCUACACCACUCGGCAAUCUCUUUCGCAACUACCCUUCUAUGGACCAGGUUAUGGGCUUCAAACCUCUGUAUACUUUCACCAUCGGCUAUACAGGGAUGUGGACUGUGAGUCUUAUUACUAACACCUUGAGACUUCAACAUGAACAGUUUUUGGGAGGAAUUAUAACUGCCAUCAAUCAUAUCCGAGAAAACAACACCAAUGAUCCCACUGUUACCUUCAACUACUCUAUCCUAAUGGGCCUCCCGGCGAAGUCA